GGUCCUAGCGGCACGCAAUAAUUAUAUCGCGCUUCAUUUUUUUCUUUUCGUUUUUUUUUUUUUAAUUUUAGUGAUUUGUGUUUUUUUUUUGGUGUUUGUUCUCUCCUUUUUUUGACAGUGUAAAGUGGUUAAAACAAAGUGUAUGUGUAGUGUAUUUACUCUAAGUCCGCCCCUCCCCCCUUUUUACUCUGUUUUCUUUUCUGUGUUCGUUUCGAAGUGUUUGCUGCAAAAAAAAAUUUUUUUUUUUUUUUUUGGAUUACGUUGGAUUAUUUGUUUAACUUGUGUUUCAUGGAUUAGUUCCAGAAUUACAACAUCGUAUUAUGAGUUCCCUGCCUCCGGCUCCAGUGAUUUGGAGCUUGUUUCCCUUACCCGCCGUGAGGACAUUGUUUGGCCCGAGGUAGAGAUUGAUUCCACUUGUAGUGCAAUCAGUGACGCCUCUACUCUACCCUUACUCACUAGUACCCCCGCCCAAAGUGAAAUACCGGACACUCCUGCUUCCCCUGAUCCUGUAUUUGAGGCGUAUUUUGACGCCCAUGCACGACCUUAUAGCCCAGCCCCCCUUUCUACUGGUGUUGAAUCCGUUGGAUCUCGCUUGACACGAGCCAGCUCCACCCAGACCAACCCCUAUUUUCCGGAGGGUUUACCUUUGGAAGAACCCCCUGCGGCUGACGAGCAAGUGGUCCUGCAGCUGAUCGCUCGGCGUAGAGUCUUAGCUGAUGGUUCCAUCCGAACGGAAUAUCGGUGGGCUGGUCCUAAUUUUUAUUAA